AUGUAUGCAGCUAAAGAAGCUCGACAAGGAAUUCGACGUGCUACUCAGGCCCGUCAGCCUGAAGGUGCUGAAGUAAGCCUUCCCAGUAACGCUACCUUUCGUCAAAUGCAGCACUUGGACGCUAUGCGUAGUCCGGGUAGAGAUGGAGGCCACCAGGAAGGCGGUUUCCGAACUCUUAAAGUGCGCCUUAACGGCUCCAGCGAGAUGCAGCUCACCAUUGACAUACAGGAGCUGCGAACAGCACUGGGUCUACCCAACUACAGUCUUGUUGCUGACGGAAUUUUCUCAAACCUCCGCCCACCCCAAGAACCCGCCGUUAAUAUGGAGGAUAUCGAUCAUCAAAAUGACUAG